UGUGACGGCUGCAUUCAAAUGAGAUGGAGCUCAAUUUCCACACGUCAGAACUGGAUAGAUUAUUGGGAAGUAGUGGGAGUGAGAGUGAUUGUUUUGUGGUGUCUGACGUGGAAGAUUUGUUACCUCGGGUUCGUCGAACUAAUCACUCGGAAGCUGAAGGAUUUUUCACCUCCUAUAUGUUCAAGAGAGUGUUGUACCUACGCCACUGUGUCGCAGACGAUGCAUCUGGCCAAGAUCCUGGCGCGACGCAAGACCGAGGACGUGGAUGGUGACCGAGGAGGGGCCAAGCUCAAGAGAGUCCUGGGACUGGGUGACCUGACCAUGCUAGGGGUAGGCUCCACUCUGGGGCUGGGGGUGUAUGUCCUGGCAGGGUCUGUGGCUAGAAGUGACGCAGGGCCCGCAGUCACCAUCUCCUUCCUCAUCGCAGCCAUAGCCUCCGCAUUCGCCGGUAUCUGUUACGCAGAGUUUGCUGCGCGAGUGCCCAAGGCAGGGUCUGCGUACGUCUACAGCUACGUGACUGUAGGAGAACUAGCGGCCUUCAUCAUCGGCUGGAACCUCAUCCUAGAGUAUGUCAUCGGUACAGCCAGUGUAGCUAGAGGCCUCAGCAACUACAUAGACUCACUGCUGAGUCACGCCAUGAGUUCAGCUCUCACAGAAGUCAUGCCUAUCAACGUCUCCUGGCUCAGUCCGUACCCUGACUUCCUCUCUUGUGGCUUCGUUCUUGUACUCUCCAUUCUACUGGCAUGGGGUGUUAAAGAAUCAUCCUUUCUCAACAAUGUAUUCACUGCAGUCAAUCUUUUCACAGUGGCUCUAGUCAUUGUCGUGGGAGCUUUCUACAUUGACAUCAAGAACUGGACAGUGGACCCGGCGGAAGCUCCCACAACAGACCAGGACGGCAAACCCGUGGUGGUGGGGUUGGGUGGCUUUGCCCCCUUCGGAAUCUCGGGUAUCAUGGCGGGUGCUGCCAAGUGCUUCUACGGUUUCGUGGGCUUUGACUGUGUCGCCACUACAGGAGAAGAAGCCAAGAACCCGAAACGAGACAUUCCUCUGUCCAUCAUUCUUUCUCUAAUAAUCAUCUUCCUCGCCUACUUUGGAAUAUCUUCUGUGCUCACUCUCAUGUACCCAUACUACCUUCAGGAUGUCGAUGCCCCCUUGCCGUUUGUGUUUGGAAAAGUUGGAUUGAACAUCGUCAAAUAUAUUGUCAGCACUGGAGCGAUAUUUGCACUGUGUACGAGCCUACUAGGAGCCAUGUUCCCGUUGCCGAGAGUGUUGUACGCGAUGUCCCACGACGGUCUGCUGUUUGAGUAUCUCUGCAGUAUACACCCGACGACUCUCACUCCUGUACUAGCCACUCUCAGUGCCGGAGUGUUUGCAGGUGUGAUGGCAGCGAUAUUUAAUGUUGAUCAGCUGAUUGACAUGAUGUCUAUCGGAACUCUUCUAGCCUACACCAUCGUAGCAAUAUGUGUGCUGAUACUCAGGUAUCGAGACCCGAAUCCCGUGAUGUACGAGCAGCCAAACAUUGAUCAUCCGAGUGCAAUGUCUUCCAUCAAAGACGUGUUCAACCUUACCAUGAUCAAAUACCCGAGCAGAACAACAGAGAACAUAUCUUCCUGGGCCCUAACUGUCUAUAUUAUGGCUACUGCUGCUCUCUGUGUGACUCUGGUCAAUGGUGAGGAUGCCCUGGUGGAAGGUUCAGCAGCUGUUGUCACUGUGGUGUGUGUCCUAGCAGCUGUGAUGGUCAUCACAAUCUUCAUCAUCCAUCGUCAGCCCCAGUCUCAAUCUCCUCUAGCAUUUAAGGUUCCAUUACUGCCUCUGCUGCCCUGUGUCAGUGUACUGAUCAACUUCUACCUCAUGUGUAAGCUGGACGUCCACACUUGGAUCAGAUUUGGAGUGUGGCUCUUUAUCGGUAUGUUGAUCUACAUAUUCUACAGUAUACCCAACAGUGUAGAAGGUAUGAAGGCAAGAGUAGCUAAAAGCGCAAACAUACAAACUCAGGUGAAACUUCCACCAACGACACCUACGACUGCCGAGUCCACGAGAAUCUAACACUCGGCUCGCUUGUACAUAGUGUAACAUCCGUCUUGUAUAUACGUGUAUCUACUUGUAAAUAGUUGUUAAACUAGCAGUAAGUUUGUUUCUUGUUUUUAUACUCCUUUAUUGUUAUUGUAAAAUUUAUCUGUGAAUUAUAAAGUAUAUUGUUGUUACGGAAUAUUUUAGUUUACCAAAAUGAAAAAAUGAAGGUUGUCCAGCAAUAUAUUACUGUUGAAGGGAAGCGCUAAACAUUUGUUUUGAGUUGAGUAGGAUAGGUUAUUUUGAUGCACUUUAUGAUUAAAGUAAAAAAUAUACAAUGUUUUAACUAAACAGAAAUGUAUAUAAUUUUUGGUUGAAAAUUAAAAAAUAACCCCCUUUUUGGUAGAACUAUUGAAGUUAGUUUCUUUGAUUGUUAAAAAGGAAGUGAAAUUGGAAUUUUUUAUAAGUAAUUUUGUAUCUCUAGUUAAAAACAUGUAGAUAUUUAGAUUAGGUAUCAAAGAAAACUUAACCGUUUUUCACAUUGUUCACUUAGUUUUUGCGAUAAAUGUUGAAUAUUACUUAUUAUUUUAUAGUUUGUAAACUUAAUAUGUGAGAUUGAAUUGUGAUUUUUAGCACAUAGAAUGUUUCUAUAGGUUGUAUUGUUAACUUUAAAUGCAAUAUUUAAUCCUGUCUGUGUUAUUAAGUUAAACUUGCAACUAUUAUUUAUUUAUUUUGUAAUUUUGUGUAGAAGUAUUGCUUGAAAACUAUUCGGUAAAUAAUAAACAAAUUUUUAGAUCACAUGGAAAUUAAAUCUUGUGAUUUUAGGCAUUAUUUUUUGAAAAUUUCAAAUGCUACACAAUAAUUAUUUUAAUUUAAGGUGAAAAUACUGUAUUUCAAAUUAGGAAGUUUGAAUUUAAUAAAGAUAUUUCAAUACCAAUCCAUGUAGGAAAUAUCUAGUUAUAAUUUGUCAUAAACUGUAAAUUUUACUCGGAAGUAUUACGUUAGUUUUUUAAUAUGCAUUUUAAAAAUAGUAUUUAAUAAUUUUAUUGUAAUGAUAACUAAAAAGUUAAUAAAAUUAAAAUUC